AUGGAUCAAAACGUACGAUUAGAUGGAAGACAAUCUAAUGAGCUAAGAAAUACUACUAUUAAAAAAAUAAAUGAACAGGUUAUAUUUUCACAAGGAUUAACUUCAGUUAGAGUAUUUACUGAAAAAUCUGAUAAGUUUGAAGUUAAAAUAUUAGACAGUGAUGAUAUUGAUAGAAAAGUUUUUGAAAUGAAAUUGAAACUAGAACGUUUAUUUACACCUUUAAUUAACCAAACUGAAGUAGCAGUAAAUCUUUACGUAAUUCAAGACAAUGGAAGUUUGUUUUCAUCCCUUGUUAACGCAAUUACAAUUUGUUUCUGUUAUUCAGGAAUCCAUCUUAAUGACUUUGUGGUUGGAAUCACUCUUAAUCAAAAUUUAGAUCUUUGUUUAAUAGAAGAAAAAAAAGAAGAUUACCUUAAUUUAGUUUACAGUGUUAAAAAUGAUAAAAUUCUAUAUUUAGAAUCAGUUGGUAAAAUAUAUUCAGAAUUUCUUGUUGAGAGAAUUGAAACGGGAAUUAAAGCAACAAAGGUUUUACACAAUGAUUUAGUCAAUAAAAUUUUAAUUAACUAA